AUGAGGCAUUCGCACGAGCAAGAAAGAGGGUACGCGGCCGACGAUGCGUCGUCGUGCGAGGACAUGCUGUUCGCCCUCGACGGGAUGCCCGUGACCGACGGCUCGAUGGAGAGCAUCCUCGAGAUGGACGACGAGAGUUCGGUUCUUCACCUCGUGCUUCCCACCAUGUUGGGUCGCUUCAAUUCUCUCCCCCCCCCCUCUCGCCGCUCUCGUCCCGUCACCACCACCCGCCGCCGCCGCCGCAGCAUGGUCGACUUCGACCCCAUGGACGCCGCCGACGGUGCUUCCGCUUCCCAGUCCCCGCACCAUGACGAGACUCCUGCCGGGCUUCUCACCGACGGCGACGAUGGCUUCCCCUUCAUCCACUCCAUGUCGGGCAGCUUCAUGAACGAGGUGGAAAUGGAGUUUGACGAGGAUGGCGAGGAUGACGACGACGAGAUGGACGACGACGUCGACGUGGCCCACUACCGCCAGCGUCGAGCAGAUCCCGUGCAACGAAUCAUCGGCUUGAUUCGCCCGUCCCGGGGAGAGCACACGCAUGGCGGCCCGCUCACCGCCGACGAGCUCGUGGCCCUCGUCCGCAACCCGGACCUCAGCAACCUGCUGUUCAGCAACCCCGCCGAGGAGGAGGAGUUCAUCGCCCUCUGGAACCUCCGGGACAGGGGGCGGGCCAAGGAUCCUAACCGGUUCCCCAAGGUGCCCAGCCGUGAGGGCAUCAAGCUGAUGGAGAGUGGCGCCUUUGGCACCAACAGCCAUGACGGCCGCCGCGAGGCUCGAAAGCAUCCCCUCUCCGUGCGUCUGCUCGAGCGUGAGCUGGGCCUCGGAGAUUGGGCGCAACGGAAACGGGACAAGGACCUCCUGACCCAGUCCAUGAUACCCGGCACGAGAGCCGACAAGAUCAUCCACUACGACGAUCCCGUCUACUCGGGCCAGUUCUCGGACGACGGUCGCUUCUUCUACUCUUGCUGCCAAGAUUUCAAGGUGCGCAUCUACGACACCUCCCACCCCACCGAGUGGGAGCACUACAAGACGGCGUCCUUUCCUUCCGGCAUCUGGACCCUGACCGACGCGACGCUGAGCUCCGACAAUCGUUGGCUCGCGUACACGUCGAUCCAGAGCCUCGUCUCCAUCACCUCGACGGACCCGGCCGACAGCGCCGACCCGCACAUCCUCCACCUCGAAGGGACCGGCCGAUCGGGCGACGGCAACGGUCCCGAAUCCUUUGGCAUCUGGUCCAUCCGAUUCUCGGGCGAUGGCAGAGAGCUCAUCGCCGGCACGAGCGUCGACUCCAUCGUCGUCUACGACAUCGAGUCGCGCCGCGUGCUCCAUCACAUCUACGGCCACGCCGACGACGUCAACGCCGUCUGCUUCGCCGACAAGGCAUCCCCCCACGUCUUCUACUCCGGCUCCGACGACACCGCCCUCAAGGUGUGGGACCGAAGGAGCUUGGGCUCCGGCAAGGAAGCCGGCGCCUUUGUCGGCCACACCGAAGGCUUGACCUACAUCGACAGCAAAUCGGACGGCCGCUACAUUCUGAGCAACGGCAAGGAGCAGAGCAUGAAGCUGUGGGACAUUCGCAUGGCCAAGUCGUCGGCCCGAUUCCGCACCGAGAAAUCGUUGCGCCGUCCGAGCUACGGCGCCUUCGACUACCGCCGGGAGCAGUACGACGACUGGUUCUGGGAUCCUCACCCGUACGACAAUUCCGUCGUCACCUUUCGGGGCCACGAGGUGCUCCGCACCCUGAUCCGAUGCCACUUCUCGCCGCCCUUUUCCUCCAACUCCCGCUACGUCUACUCGGGCAGCGCCAACGGCAAGGUCUACAUCUGGAACCUCGACGCCACCCUGGCGGCCACCAUCGACGUGCACAAGGCGACGUUGAAUUCGAGGCGCAAGGAUAAUCACGUCCGUCACUGGUUCGACGACCCGCGAGGAUGGUGCACCUGCGUCCGCGACGUGAGCUGGCACCCGACGGCCUCGGUCAUUGUCGCCUCGGCCUGGAACGGAUGGAGCAUGUCUCGCGGCACCUGCACGAUCCACGCCUUCAACGAAUCGGCCGCGGACGAGGGGCAGGGGGAGUCGCCGCUGAGUGUCGACUGCGACCUGCGGCCGAACGAGUAUUUAUUCCCCGUCGGUAAGAAAUGA